UCUAUCCAAAUUUGCAUCUCUUUAUAUUAUGCCAAAUGUUUCAGAUCAUCUAUAGUUUCUUUUCCUCAACUUUAUAUCUCUACUCUUUCCUCAUUUUCCAUCAGAUCUAACCUCAAGAGAUUACCCCGUAGCAUAUUUGUAUAUAAAGCUUUCUUUGAUCAUCAAAUCAAACCCAUAUUUUUUCUCUUUCUCUAUCUAUCUAACCCAUGCAUGAAACCAAUCAAUUGAGUAUCACUAUUGCCUCUGCAAAAGGAAAUUGAUAUUUAUUAGCUUUUUUUCCUUUCACUUUUUUUUUCAAGUUCAUUUUCAUGAUGUCUCUUGAUAAUCCUCCUGCAAAACCAGGUGGUGGUGGUUCUAAAGAAGAAACUCAAAAAGGUGGCAGCCGGAAAACAAGUUCAACAAGGACACAAGAUCAAGCCCUAAAGUGUCCAAGAUGUGAUUCACCCAACACCAAGUUCUGUUACUACAACAAUUACAGCCUCACUCAGCCUAGGCAUUUCUGCAAGACUUGCCGGAGGUACUGGACUAAAGGUGGGGCUCUUCGUAACGUGCCGAUCGGCGGCGGUUGCCGUAAGAACAAGAAGAUGAAGUCAUCUUCAAGACUGUCAUCAGGUGACCCUAAAGGCUCUACUUCAGAAAUGGGUGGUGGAUUGAAGUUCUUUCAUGAUAUAUCACCAGCUAUGGAUUUUCAGCUCGGUGGGUUGUCGUUUCAAUCACCAGCAACUGGUAUUUAUAACCAGUUUGCUUCAUUUGGAGAUGGCAACAAUAACAGCUCGGUGGGUUCUCCAUUGAUGGGGUUUAGUAAUUAUCCACAACCAUUUCCUUCGGUUACUACUAACCUUACUGGUGCAAUUCCAGACAUGGGUUCUUCAUUGAAUGUUAAUAGCAACCUUGCUUCUUCAAUUGAGUCUUUAAGUUCCAUAAACCAAGAUUUACACUGGAAGUUGCAGCAACAAAGGUUGGCUACUAUGCUCUUUGAUGGCGGAGAGCAAAACCAAGCACAACAACAAAAGCCAUUGCCUAUUUUGUUUCAAAACCUAGAGGUUUCAAAACCUGAAAACGUUUCAACAAUGGAGAAUCCAAGGAAAAGCAAUGAAACUGCAAAGGAAUGGUUCUUUGGGAAUUCAUAUGCAACUCCAACCACUAGCAGCAAUGGCAAUGAUAAUAACAAUACAAGCAACUGGAAUGGUGUUCAAGUUCAACCAUGGAAUGAUUUGAAUCAGUACACUACGUUGCCCUAAAAAGGUAGAUUAAAAAAAAGUAAAAGCUAAUAUAUUUUCCAAAACAAAAACCCAUUUAGCUAAUUAUCUGUUUAGUAUGUUUCAUUGGAUUUUCUUUCACAUGUAAAAGUUGAAUCAGGUACAACAAAAAGAGAGAUUGUUUUUUCUUUUUUUGUUCUUCUUUGAACAUUAAGUACUCGCUUUAUAUUUUGUC